CCCAAGCCUUGUUCUGAUCAGCUGGGACAAUAACAACAAUAACACAGUUGAUUCGGGGUCUCUUGUUUUAACUUUUCUAGACGGACUUCAGACAAUGUGUUUACUGAAUUGACUUUUCGGAUUCGUGUAUCGACAAUGUUGAUUUUAUGUCUGGAAUAUUUGCUAUUAAUUUUGUUUUGUCGGAUUGCUUCCUGGGUGUGCUGACCAAAACGAGGGGUUGAAGAACUGAGUUUGCUCUCUAGCUAGUUACAGUAGUACUGUUAGCUAGCUAACGUUUGAUAGAUGAAUAGCUAGGAUGCUAACUUUACCUAAUUAACUAUGCCAUUUGAAAUGAUUUUCAUGGGUAAUAUGAAUCAAAUUAUUUUUCUAAUGUAAAGUUGGUGUUCUGCAACUUUUUGUUGGAGUGCAAAUUGUAUAGCACGCUGACUUGUUACUAACGUUAUGAUACUUUGUAGCUACGCUGUAGCUACCUGGGGUUUGCUUUCAAGUAACCAAUCCUAUUUAACCUAAACGAAAACAACUCGUUCUGUGCUAGCAGAACUAGCUAUUUUGCUAACUAGCAACGCUUGUAUCAUUGGGGACAAUAUUCAAUUAAGUCAACUUGCUAACAACACACAGUUAACAAAUUAUGAAGUAUUUUUAACGUUAUUAACUGUUUCAAACAAACCUUAUUUUGAAGUAAACUAACGUAAGCUAGCUAAAUAGUAACAGGGAAAUUACUUUCUAGAUAUGGUCCGGCCUUGCCGCAGUCAUUGGAAAGAUGAAAACAAAAGAUUAACGUAACCUUAUGAAGGGUUGGCAGCGAAUUAGCACGCUAACGUUAGCUAACAUUUGCGUUAUUACACGGUUAUGGCACUAUUGUAAACGAUUAAUAUCCAGUGUUAUCAGUGUUAUUAUGUCUAGCUAGUUAUCCUGUAAUCAGCUAUCGGCUGUAACUUUCAGAAAUCUCAACCACCGUUUUUACCGUACCGUUGUUUUAUUGUUGGUCAGUUGUUAGGGUAUACUUCUUAUAUUUGGUCAUACAUUUUUUUAUUCCGUUAGCUUAUGUUUUUGAAGCUAAUAGUCAGCAAUCUAAUGUUGAUAUUAGCAUGCUUAACCUCAGUAUUUUUAAGCAAACUCUUCCAGUACGUUUGCAUUAUUAUUCACAUACAUAAGAGAUGCCGCAUAUCAGAAGGUAUUGAUAGUACCAUACAAAGACUUGAAUACUGCCCCGCAAACACUGUCUAGGGGACUGUAGCACCCCAUUUGUGUGUGAGAUGUCAGAGACACUCAUAUCAGGUCAGACGUCUGAGGAUCUAUUGGCAGACUUUGAAACUAUUUUAAAUGCUGGGAGUAUUGACCUAUCAGAGGGCCAGAUAGUGAUAAUCUCUACCCCCAGCAAUGUGGGCUUCAAUUCCGGUGUCACCAGUAACAUUGGAGAGACUCUCCGGUUUGUCACCCCCCAAGGCCCAGAUGUGGUCCUUGACCAGCGACGCCCGACUCUGGGACGACCUCCGGUGAAGAGGAAGCUGGACUUAGACAGUGAUCACCAGUAUGUUAGUACCUCCCGUCCACCUUCUCUUGGGAGGGCACCAACAUCCACACCAGCGCCACCCAGAGUUCCAAAGCCUUCGUCAGAGAAGUCUCGCUAUGACACUUCUCUUAACCUGACUACCAAGCGUUUCUUGGACCUGCUAGCCCAGUCUCCUGACGGGGUGGUCGACCUGAACUGGGCCUCACAGGUUCUCGAAGUGCAGAAAAGACGCAUCUAUGACAUCACCAACGUCCUGGAGGGUAUCCAGCUCAUCUCCAAGAAAUCAAAGAACAACAUUCAGUGGCUGGGGAACCGCAUUGAUGGUGCGUCAGUUUCCUUUUACCAGGACCUACAGAAAGAGGUCUCUGAGUUGACAGAGGCCGAAGAAAAACUAGAUGAGCUCAUUACAAAGUGUAACCUCCAGCUAAAACUCCUAACUGAGGAUACUCAGAACAAAAAGCUUGGUUAUGUCAUGUGCCAGGAUCUGCGGAGGUCCUUUGACUCUCCUGACCAGCUGGUGAUUGUAAUCAGGGCCCCCGCAGAGACCCAGAUGCAAGUUUCAGAGCCCAGCGAGGGUUAUCAGGUCUCCCUUAAGAGCACUCAGGGUCCCAUCGACGUGUUCCUAUGUCCAGAGAACAGUUCUGGUGUCUGUAGCCCAGAGACUGGCGUCAGCCCAUCCAAAUCGACAGAUCAGCCAACACCCCAGCCUGCAGAACUACCACAGUGCAAUUCCACACAGGAAAUGCCAUCAUCUACAGCUGCUGCCCAACAGGACUCCUCCUCCCUUCCAUUAUGCCGUGAGGCGGAUGCAUUGCUGGAUGGUGACCCAUUCCCCAACCUCGGAGUGCUGCCGGACUUUGAACUUUCACCUCUGUCCUCUGACUUCCUGGGUGGGGAGUGUCCUGGAAACCCACUGGACAGCUUCAUUAACCUGUCCCCUCCACAAAGCCACGACUACCACUUUGGUCUGGAGGACCAUGAAGGCAUCAGUGAAUUAUUUGACUGUGACUUUGGGGACCUGACCCCACUGGAGUUCUGAGUUUGGGGUGGAGAAUUGUACAGCAGACAAUACUAGCACUUAAGUCAUUUAGUAAAAGAGCGUAGCUUUAGACAGUUAGUUAAUUUAUUUAUAUGCAAUGUUUUUUGUAUGGAGAUUUGAAGUGGUUUGUGCAAGUGUGUUUUUGGGAUAUGGAUUUGUGAUUAUCAGCUGGAAUAUUAGCACUUAAAGCUAAUACGGAGUUUAUAUUAGGCAUUUUAGCCAUGGUCUCAGGUGUCAGGAACAGUCAGACCUUUACAGGAAUUGUAAGGUUUCAAGUGGAUUUUAAGAAGUCAUACUGUAUGUUGGCCAAUGAUGUUGACAGUAUAUAGCAUAUGUAGGUUAGUAAGCAACCUACCUGUUUUAUAAAUUACAUUUCCAAUGUGGUGGGGGUGAGGAAGUUGACAUCCAUUUGUUGGUCAAGUUACCAAUCUAAGAAUUUACCUCUUAAAACCUGUCCAUAUUGUUGAUCAUGGUUCAUUCAAGUUUUGCCAAUAAUUUGUCUGAGUUUCCCUGAAUGUCUUAAAGUUUAUGCAUCUCUUUACUAGCUCACAACACUGUUCUAAUUUAAAAGCUCCUUUGUGGCCACAUUUUAACAAUUGUUUGCAUUCCUUAUGGAAAGUGUGUUUAUAUGUCUAAGAAUUUUUUUAUAUUUAUUUGAUAGAGUGUGAUUAAUACAUUUUGUUUGGUACAGAAGUAACUGGGAAGGGAAGUCUUGGAUCAAGGUAUAAAGGCUGUUUCUUGUUCAGGCCCCGCUCAAAUUAUGCAAUACUUAAUGUAAUUUGUAAAUGCACAAAGUGUAAAUUUUUUUGUUUUAUUUUUGCAAUUCUUCUGCUUUUUGGUUACUCAUGCUAAUCCAGUAUAUAUAUUCCCAAGAUUAAUGUAUUUUGCUGACCUGUGGAUGGAGUCCUAUCCAAGCCUUUUAAAGAAAAGUCCAAGCCUUUCCAUAAGCUAAUUACAAGGCACAUUAGUGGUAGGAGUAGUUAUUUGAUGUCCACUGUUCUGUCUUUGCUUUCAAUUUAUCUUGAAAUGGCAGCUGAACUUUGAUUUUUUUUAAUGUGAGAUGUUUAUUUGAUCAUGAACCAUGUCACUACUCUAUUCUACAGGGCUCAUGAAGUGCCUUUAAAAAAAAGUGUUCAUGAUAAAAGGAUGUCUGGUGGAUGGAUUCAAUUGUGUAUAAUUGAGGUGUUUUAAUGAAAUGUUCAAUUAGCCUUUUUUUCUAACAGCAGCUUGAUUAUUAAUGUUUCGGGACAGUAAGGCUACUCUUGACAAUUCAGCCACUGUGCUUAGGGGAAGUCGGGAAACUAACUGCAGUCAUUUUCAUGUUUUUCCAGGUCUUUGCUUUAUAAUGAUUUUACAAAAGGAACUUUUUUGGUACCUUUAAACAGUGAGAGUAAUAAAUUGUACCAAGGCAGUAAGUGGCUUUAAGCAUGACGUUUGUAUCAAGUUUAUUAAAAAAUAAAACAUUUUGA